AUGGAUCAGCAAUUUUAUGAGAAACAUAACAACACCAGUCUCCAGAAGUUCAUAGAAUAUUAUGGUCCACGUAUAAAGAGACGGUCGACACCACAUGAACUCGAUAAUGAGGCGCUGGCAUUUAGACCUGUUUUAGGGUCUAUGCUAGCAAGGAUCUACCACAAUCCUCAGAAUAAAGAAGAAAACCGGUCACGCCUUCAAAAGAUUUUACAAUUCUGGGCGUCGAAGGAGGUUUAUGAUCAAGAGACUAUUCGUGGACCUGAGAAUGAAAUGAUCCGAGGUCAACCCAUGAAUUCUUUCCCGGUUCAAAGGGGCACUAUAUCACCAGAUCCUUCUGCCUCUGCAGCAACCCAAUUGCCACCACCAACCUCUGGUGUUACUGAAAAACUGCAACCAUACCCUUUAUUUCCACCUUGUCUUAUACCUGGAAUGGUUAGGAAAAUGCAGAUUGGUAGUGGAGUGCCUUACUCUCCCAUGAGCCCUUCGGAUAUCCCAACUGUUAUUCCGCCUUCAAAUGUAUCUCCGACUGAAGUUCUUGAAAGGGUGUCAAAGUUUUUCAGAGAAAUUGGAGAAGUUAACCCGUCAGAGGGACCCAUGAGAGGAUCCGAGUCCAAGGACAAUUAUGAUGACUACGAGAGGGACUCUCCUAUCCGUAAAGGAGGAGCUUGCAGUUUCCCUCCUCCAGAUCUGCAAGUGGACGCAGAAACAGGCACUUUACCUGAUGGAAGUGUUGAGGGGAAGCCUGGAUCCGUUUGGGGCUUGGCGCUUCAGCCAACCCUAAUGAGGCUAGUCAGUACGAUGAUGUUUACACAUCUUAUAGGAAACAAAGAAGCACCAACUAUCAUACAUCAAUAA